CAGACAUAGCAUCACUGCGUCAUGGGGGAACACUGAAGAUCCCGAGCAGAAUGUGCUUUUCAUUCCAACCCAGCGAAUAAUGCACAUAACCACCACAAACUGAUCUAUAUUCAGGACAAACCAAGGUUUCAUCAACAGCACUUCUUCAUCCAUCUUGAUGCCUAUAAUGGAUUUGCAACAAUCUACCCUGAUUACAUAUUUUCUCUUUGGCCUGAUUCAAUACACUGCAUGUGUGUGCAAUAUCACCUGCACCACGGACUACAUGUCCUCACUGAACUGUUCGUGUUCUGCACAGGCCCUCUUGUCCCCCUAUACACUCAUAGCAGAAUGCUGGAAUGAGUCUGAGAAUGGGAAUGGAAGUUGUGAGAUUGUACCCCCACAGCGCUGGUGCAAAACUGCAAUGGACAACUUUGACCUAAUAGUUAACAUUGAUGCCAAUUGCACAGCAUGGGUGAAUAACACUAAUGCUGAAGAUAGCAAAGAAUAUAGUGAUUCCAUUUAUUUUAUGCUGCAUAAACACAUAAAGCCAGAAGCUCCUUUCAGUGUGCAAGUGACAGAGGAUAACAGUGGUUAUAAUAUAUCUUGGGAAAUGGAAGAUGUGAGCAUGUACUUGAAAACAUUUUUGUGGUACAGGGUUCGUGUGAGGACAAAGGAUGAACCUUUGGAGGACUUUCACACUAUAAAAGAGGAUAGACAGUACCUUGAGAUUCCCUAUGAUAACUUGAAACCUGAGAAAGAGUAUGUGGCUGAUGUCCAGGUCACAGUAAAUCCAUCGGAAUUCCAGGCAUCAUGGAGUGAAUGGAGCCCAAUCAUGAAAUGGAAAACCAAGAGCAAAAAGCAAGAACCCUCUACAUUCCUUUUCUUAUUGCUCUCAUCGGUGCCCUGUUUACUGCUAUGCUACUUUGGAAUUAUGGGAUGGUUGAAGUGGUUGCAGCUGUGUCGAUAUGUUCCGAGCCCAGAGGACUUCUUCAAACCCUUGUAUCACACCUACAAUGGGGAUUUUCAGAGAUGGGUGGGCCCUACUUUUACACUAAGCCAGUUUGACCUUCUUGAGAAGAAUGUGGUGGUACAAGUAGCAAAAGAGAAGCAACUGGAGCCUCCUGAGAAGCCCAGCGAGGGAAAGAGUGAAUUUGGCGGCCGCCGAGGCAGCAGGGAAAGUCAAGACCCAGGCACCAGCUCUGUUCUCAGCCUUUCCUCCCAUAGUUCCUCCAAGCAUCUCUUGGGAAACAGCAUCCACGACACAACACACUUGAACAGCCAUAUCUCCAUUCACACUGUAACCGUGUCUGGAGAGGAGAGCACUGCUUCAGGCAUUUUGGGGAAGUCCUAUGGUAACUCCCAGCCCAACGGAUGCUUCUUUCCUUACUUUACAGACUGUGAAGGAGAUGACCUGGUUUGUCAAGAACAAAAAGUUCUGGACAUGGACAUGGAACUAUUACAAGACAAAAUGAUCUCUGAAUGCCAACAUGCUGACCACGAGCCAGCACUGGACCAGCAUGCAUCGUUUGGGCUUUACAACCUUGAUUGGCAGCUAGGUGGAGUUGACCAGGAAGCAGAAAGGUUGUCCCUGGAGUCCUUCUGUUCUAAUGAUGCCUAUCCUCAUCUAGAGCUAGACCUCGACACAAUUGACAGUGGCUUCUUGGACUCUGACUGUACCAGCCCUGUGGAUUCCGAACUGAAUGGGAACAAAGUGGUGCUUGCUGAGGUGGGAAAACCCCAAAGUAAUUACAUUAGGCAGUGGGUGACAUAUGGUCCCACAGCCUGUACACAGGGGGUUUCCAUAGGCUGAGGGCUAAGGUACUUACAAGCUGGCUUGAACAAUCCUGAAUCAUGAUCAUGACAGGACUGCAUUUAUACACAUCAGCUGAAGGGUUCACAAAGGAUUUCUAUAAAGCCAACUUUCUAGGAUCCUUCUGUUAUGCUGAGCGGUAGUUUACAGAAAACCUUAACUGGCAGUUCAGGAAGUGCUUAUAUGUGUUAAUUAAUAUUUUAUAUAUUAACCAUUUAGUAUAGGGGUAUAAUUGC